CGUUCACCUUACCCUCAUCCAGCCUCCCCACCUGCUAGCUCUCAGUCACACUUACUACUUCACCCGCUACACCUUCAUAGACCAGAAAAGGUCCAUUCCUGGGAGUUUACACCUCGAGUCAAACAAACUUUCGCAGAACUUUCCUUUGAUAUCCCCUCUUCCAAUAUGAAUCCCCACCAACAGAACAAAGUCGAUACUACUUCCUUAUCCCCUGAAGAGCAACGCCUAUUGCGUCUCUACGGAAAGAUGCCCACUAAGAAGGAUCUGUUGCAGAAUAAACUGAAGGAGCGGAAGUACUUCGAUUCAGGUGACUACGCCCUGAGCAAGGCCGGCAAAGCCUCUGAUGUGGGUGUCACCAAUAUUGGUUCUCAGCACCCCGUUCCCGAAAACAUUCCUCAUUUGACGGCUACCUCUCCUGGGGCGAGUAACCCAGCAGCUGCCAGCAAUGGUGGCAGUACCAACUCUCAAGGACAGCAGAUUCCUGGCAGCAACAGUGGGCACCCGGGCUCCAUUGGUUUUCAAAGCCGCAGCCCGGUGAAAGAAGGGAGCUAUCUACAACGCGGAACUAGCGCAGAUGAGUCUGAGGGUAAUACCACUGCACCUAAAGAUACAAAGGAACCCAGCGUGAGUCCGCCCCCUGCUCGCAGUGGCGUUCCAAUCCGGCGAUGAUGGGUCUUUGGCUCAUCCUCUCUUCUUAUUUCCCCCCUAUUCUUCUGUUGUUCAUCAUCAUCAUCCAUGUAUGUUUCUGGUUUUUGUUACUCUUCCCAGUGAUGGCCACAUAAAAAAAGCCUGGCGCUAUGGUUUUGUGUUCUAUGAUGUAGCCACGAAGCUACCCUACCCUCGCCUUACCCACUAAACCUUUUCUUACCUUUCUUUGAGAGCGAGUGUGAGGAUUGGUACACGUGAAAUGCUGUUUCAAGUUGCUUGUGCUUCACUGCUGUGCAAUUUAGAAGGAAAGAGGGUUGGAAAUCAACUGCAGAAAUCCAGUAUAUCUGGUGACUUAAAACUCCCUAACUGAAACAGUUAUUCUUACUGGUGUCUUUCUAGUCCUGUUUGAAACUUGCAGCAAUGGAUUCUUCUUGGGCUGGUUCCCAUUAGUCAUACUCGCGCAGUUUGCUGUGCAUGAGUUGUGUCUUGGCUUCGACAUGUGCUGUUAUUAUUCUCUGUUUAUAUCUCAAGGUUACCUUUUUUUUUGGGAUGUUCUUCGUGCUCGGGACUACUCAUUCUCACCCAUUAAG